AUGUCAUCGUCAAAUUCCGUACUCCUAGACGAUCCUACCGCUUUCCAACGCUUACUUCCACGUACCAUCAACGCUCUAUCCCACGCCAACACCCUCAUUAUAUCUCCUCGAUCCUCCUCGGCCAUGUGGCGAGCUACAAAAGGAUUUCAGCCCUUCUCCAAGACUCAUAAAGAGCUGUUCAGAAAUGUCCGAAAUAUACACCUCACCUGGCAAACCGUGUACGCUCGUAUGAGUGGUAUACCUUCACCUGUCAAUGAAUUACAAAUAGAAAACCAACUAUGGUCCCAUGUCAAGAAUCCAAUCAAGCUGCUUAUCAUCGACAUCGAAAGUCAUGGCUCAGACUCGGCAUUGUUUAAUUGGAUCAUGAGUACGAAUUAG